GGGAGGUCAGUGAAUCUACGGACAGUCGGGCAGAAAUAGCUGUGCAGACACUUACUAAGAUGGCUUCGAACCCUGAAUGUUUAAGUUCCGUUCUGACAGGAUUGCAGCUCCAAAUCUCAGCAAUAGUGGAGAUGGCCGAGAAGGUAACUGGAGGGCUGCUACACAAACCAGUGUCAGAAUUGCUGACCCAAGUGUUGCUGACAGCAGUCAGCCAGUAUCGGGAGGACCAGGACCAGCCAAUCAGAAGACGCCAAGAGCAAUUGAUACUGUAUCUGUGUCUAAUACUUAGGGUGGCGGUCAGCUGCUUACGUGGAGGUCAGUCGUUACAGUUUACGGCGCUGCUGACCAUUAACAAGGUUGUGGACAUCUGUAUCCUGUAUGGUGUACUUCUACACAAGGUUCCAGCACGUCCCAAGAGCUCCAGGUCACUCGUCAAGCCACUUCAUUCCUCCAGUUUCAAGGAGAACACUUCUCACGCCUCAAGAAUCACGCAGCAACACGAAGAAAGUCCUAAUGUUCCAAGAGGCUUUCUGUCGGACAGUAAAAAUAUACAGGAUUCAGAAUGUAAAAAAGAACCUCCAGGAAAGGAGGGCAUACAGGCUAUCAGACGGUGGCCAAACGCGUGGAAGACUCCGCAAAAGGAACCUCCGUCAAAGAGUUCUCCAGAAAUAGAAAACCCACCAGAUAGGAUUCCAGAGGAAAAAAGUGUGCUAGGCAUUCUCAACGAUGAAGGAAUGGAUCUGCUUUUAAACGUCCUCAACAAUGCAAUCACCCUUUACAAGAGAGUCGUAGGGACUCGACUCCAGUGUACACCUAGCCGGAG